AUGGCUGCGACGCGCACAGGAACCCAAACUCGAGAGAUUUUUACCACGAUGGAGUACGGGCCGGUACCUGAGAACCACGCAUGCGCACUGGCCUGGCUGGACACCCAGAAGCGGAGGUUGGGUCACCAUGUAAAUGGAAAGUGGCUGAAACCAGAGCACAGGAAUACCACGUCUUGUCAGGACCCCAUCACAGGAGAGACCUUGGCCAGUUGCCUCGAGGCACAGGCUGAAGAUGUGGCAGCAGCUGUGGAGGCAGCCAAGGUGGCCUUUAAGGACUGGAGUAGCCUCCCUGGGGCCCUCAGAGCCCAGCACCUGGCUGCAGGGCUGCGAGGCCCAGUGCUGCAACUGCAGGAACCUCUGGGCGUGCUGGCCAUCGUGUGUCCGGACGAGUGGCCCCUGCUGGCCUUUGUCUCUAUGCUGUCUACCGCCCUUGCAUACGGCAAUGCCCUGGUCAUAGUGCCCAGUGAGACCUGUCCCCUGCCUGCCCUGGAGGCCUGCCAGGUUAUAGCUACCCUGUUCCCAGCUGGCCUGGUGAACGUGGUAACAGGAGACCAUAAUCAUCUGACACGCUGCCUGGCCUUGCACCAUGAUGUCCAAGCCCUGUGGUAUUUCGGGUCUGCCCAGGGUUCCCAGUUUGUGGAGUGGGCCUCUGCGGAGAACCUCAAGUCAGUGUGGGUGAAUGGGGGCUGCCCACGGGCCUGGGAUCAGGAGGCUGAGGGAGCCAGCCCAGAGCUCCGGAUUCGGGCAGCGCGGACCAAGACCCUGUGGCUACCCAUGGGGGACUGA